GACCACCUUUCAAUUUUGCAUCUGCUAGAGUAAUCACCAUUCAAAUCCUUCACUCACUAAGGAGCUCCCCCCCGCCGCUUUUCUAUUUUGUUCUUCUAUUCUUUCUUUUCUCUCACUUGGAUUUUUUUUCUUUAAUCGUCGCCCCUAUUGCCCCUUAUCUCCUUCUCUUCGGACGGAAAUCCCGUCGACAUCGUGAAGAUUACCCCCAACUCAGUGGAUACAAACACCGAAACUGCACGGCAACCACUUAAUUACCAACCUGCGAUAAUGGAUCGCGCUUAUGUUCGGACGACUGAAGAUACUUUAAAGUUCUUCAACGUCGAUGAACGCGCUGGCCUUGACGAUAAUCGAGUGAGGACUGCAAUUUUGAGAUACGGGAGAAAUGGUAAGACAGCUCCGUAUCCGGGCUAACGAGUUUGAACUUUGGCUGACCCCCCCACCCCCGUGGAUCAGCGCUCCCCGAAGAGCCUCCGACUCCAUUGUGGCAGCUUGUCCUGGAGCAAUUCAAGGAUCAGCUGGUGAUAAUAUUAUUGGCGUCUGCAGCUGUGUCAUUUGUAUUGGCUUUUCUGGAGGAGGGUGCUGGCCUGACAGCUUUUGUUGACCCUGCUGUUGUGAGUGGCCCUUCUUGCAUGUUAUCGGUUGGCAUUCUGAGCAAAAGUGCUGAUGUUUGGCGAAGAUUCUCACCAUUUUGAUUCUCAAUUCGGUCGUGGGUGUCUCCCAAGAGAGUAGUGCCGAGAAGGCAAUUGCUGCCCUUCAGGAAUAUUCCGCCAACGAAGCAAAAGUUGUUCGCAACGGUCAUGUCUCCCGGAUUCGUGCUGAAGAGCUUGUCCCCGGUGAUAUCGUCGACGUAGCAGUCGGUGAUCGGAUACCCGCCGACUGUCGUGUGAUCGCCAUCCUGAGCAACACUUUUCGCAUCGACCAGGCCAUCCUCACCGGUGAGAGUGAGAGUGUCAGCAAGGAUACCCGCCCCAUCAAGGACUCUAUGGCUGUCAAACAGGAUCAGAUCAAUAUGCUCUUCUCUGGGACAGCGGUUACGGUUGGUCAUGCCAGGGCUGUUGUGGUUCUUACCGGUAACUCUACCGCUAUCGGUGAUAUACAUACUAGUAUCACUUCGCAAAUCUCGGAACCCACGCCAUUGAAGCAAAAGUUGAACGAGUUUGGGGAUGUUCUGGCAAAGGUUAUCUCGGUAAUUUGUGUAAUUGUCUGGCUCAUUAACAUCGGAAACUUUAGCGAUGAAUCCCAUGGUGGUUGGCUGAAGGGUGCUAUCUACUACUUGAAGGUAAUGGUCAUCGAGCCUAUGAGUUUACAGGGCGAGAGGCUAACAGCCGUUGAUAGAUCGCCGUUUCAUUGGGAGUCGCUGCCAUUCCGGAAGGUCUCGCCGUGGUUAUCACAACUUGUCUCGCCCUUGGGACUCGCAAAAUGGCUGCAAAGAACGCUGUUGUCAGGAGUCUACCUUCGGUCGAGACUCUCGGAAGCUGUAGCGUUAUUUGUUCUGAUAAGACUGGGACCUUGACAACCAACCAGAUGAGCGUAUCGAGGGCUGUUGUCAUUGGUGAAUCUCAAAUGGAACUUGAUGAAAUUACGAUUGAUGGAACUAGCUUCACCCCUGUUGGUGCUAUCAAGAACUCGUCUGGAAACGUCUUGGAAUCCGUCGCAAGUCAAUCAGUCACAAUUCGUAAGCUCGCCGAAGUCGCCGCAGUUUGCAAUGAUGCCGAGCUCUCUUAUGAUCCUAAAACACAGACCUUCACAAACAUUGGCGAGCCCACCGAAGGCGCGCUCAAGGUUUUGGUUGAGAAAAUUGGUACCCCCGACACUACCUUGAAUCUGCAAACCUCAUACAAGGCUGUUGAGAAGCGUCUCGAUGAAGCUAAUAGAUAUUACGAAUCCCACAAUCCCCGUCUCUCGACAUACGAGUUCUCUCGUGACAGGAAGAGUAUGUCCGUGCUAGUGGGGGAUCCUCAAAGACCCCGUUUGUUGGUCAAAGGAGCUCCCGAAUCGGUCAUGGAAAGAUGUACCCACGCCCUUGUUGGUUCCGGCGGACGAAAGGUUCCUUUUGGUCCCAAGGCUCGCGAUCUCGUAAACGCCAAGUUGUCGGAAUAUGCGAACCGCGGUCUCCGUGUUAUAGCGUUUGCUGCAAUUGACGAUAUUGGUGCCCAUCCCCUGAUCCGUUCUGCAACUACUACCCACGAAUAUGCCCAAAUCGAGCAAGGCAUGACUUUGAUUGGUCUCGUCGGGAUGUUGGAUCCCCCUCGUCCCGAGGUUGCGAACUCGAUCAAGAAGUGCCGUGAUGCCGGAAUCCGUGUCGUUGUUAUUACUGGUGACAACCAACAGACCGCUGAGACUAUCUGCCGUCAAAUUGGUAUCUUUGGGGAAUACGAGAAUCUGACUGGAAAGAGUUAUACCGGCCGUGAAUUCGAUGCUUUGAGUGAAAUUGAACAAUUGGAGGUUGCCAAGAGGGCAAGCUUGUUUUCACGGACCGAACCGACUCAUAAAAGUAGACUUGUUGAUCUCCUUCAGAGCGCUGGUGAAGUUGUGGCAAUGACUGGUGAUGGUGUUAAUGAUGCCCCGGCCUUGAAGAAAUCUGAUAUCGGUGUGGCCAUGGGCAGUGGAACAGAUGUAGCGAAAUUGGCAGCAGACAUGGUUCUCGCGGAUGACAACUUUGCUACGAUCGAACUUGCCGUCGAAGAAGGCCGCUCGAUCUAUGCCAACACCCAGCAAUUUAUCCGUUACUUGAUCUCUUCCAACAUCGGUGAGGUGGUUUCCAUCUUCCUAACCGCCGCGGCGGGUAUGCCCGAAGCGCUCAUUCCGGUCCAGCUCCUAUGGGUCAACUUGGUCACCGAUGGGCUCCCGGCCACUGCUCUAUCCUUCAACCCCCCAGACCACGACAUCAUGAGACGUCCCCCGCGCGGAAGAGAUGAAGCACUCGUUGGUGGCUGGCUAUUUUUUAGAUACAUGGUCAUCGGCGUGUAUGUUGGCGCUGCGACAGUCUUUGGCUAUGCCUGGUGGUUCAUGUUCAACAGCGAGGGCCCCCAAAUCACCUUCUACCAACUUACACAUUUCCACAAGUGCUCAACAAUGUAUCCGGAGAUUGGCUGUGAGAUGUUCUCGAACGACUAUUCCAAGACUGCAUCCACUAUCUCCCUAUCUAUCCUGGUAGUCAUUGAGAUGUUCAACGCUAUGAAUGCACUUAGUUCUAGCGAGAGUCUACUUACCCUGCCAUUGUGGAAGAACAUGAAGCUUGUCUACGCCAUUACCCUUAGCAUGGUUUUGCACUUUGCGCUCUUGUACACCCCCGUCCUUCAAGGCCUGUUCUCGAUUGUACCACUGAACUUGCACGAGUGGAAGGCUGUUGUGUAUAUUUCUCUUCCAGUCAUGUAAGCCCCCCUCCCCCCUCCACCUUCCCCCUCUUUACGGAGUAAAACAGAGGCUAAUUACGAUAACAGCUUUAUCGACGAAGUCCUCAAAUUCGCCGAGCGAAGAUUAUACCUCCAGCAACCCACCAACAAGACCAAAAAUGAGUAAACCUUACCGCAGCUUACUCACUUUGCGAUCGUUAGCCCCCUCCCCCCAACAUCAUCCCUUCAUUCCGUCAUCGAUUCUUAGCUUGUUCCCUUUUCUUCCUCUUUGCUAUGGCUUUUUAGAAAAGAAUCCUGCGUAGAUUUUGAUGUCUUUUCUUUGUAGAUUUUUUAUUUUAUUUUAUCCUUAUUUCUUUUGUUUGGAUGGAUAGGAUAUAGUGGGCCUGGCCGGGUUUACGGGGGUGAUAGGGGGAGGGAAGGGGAGCUGGGGAGAGUGUGAGGGUAUAUCAUACCGAGCCUUGUUGGCUUUUUUUCGGGAACAAAAAUAGGGAAGCAACUGUAUACGAUUGGGAAAAUGUGUAAGCUAAGUUAAGGUGCCCAAAAAGGAGAAACGUAGAGAAUGGAGGGAAUACGGUGUACUUCUAGAGGCUAUAGAACACUUAUCGACCACU